UCAGAACACGGUGACCGGGCUUCCUCGCUGAAACACCGACCGCUCCAACCUCUCCCACUUUUUGUCAACGGAAAAACGUUCACAUUAUUUUGUCCAGGCUCGACUGCGUUUGGAGAAAUAAACGCGGAGAAAACUUUAUGUGCCCCGGCUGCGCAAAACAAGAAGUGAAGUGACAGUGAUGAGAUUAUACGAGGGGUCUCUGAGCCCCCUCUCGCGCUUUGAAGAUUAGAGGGUUGCCGACGUCUGGAGGACACUAAGAACUGGAUUAGGUAUUGUGCAGUGUAACCUACUUCUCACCACUCCUACAUCUCGUCAUCUACAUAUUAGCGCAAUGACCUGUGUUGCACUUGGAAUACAGCGGGUUCGUCCGUGAAGGUGUGCGAGUUUGACUCCAGGGUGAGAUGUGGUGUGAUCAUAGGAACUCCAUUCAGGUGGGCAGGCAAUAAGGCUCGACAGAAGAUGCGACGGGGAUGGUGGCUCGUCAGAUGGCUGGGGACCGGAAUGGCAAUCCUCUCCUUGCUGACCCACAGCUGGGGCCUGGACACCGAAGACUGGCAGUACGAGGAAUGCAAGCUGUCCCGGCCAGGCCCCCCGGCAACCAUAGUGACCAUUGAUGAGGAGAGCCCCAACGGUACAGUUCUGGUGGAAUACAUGCAGAUAAACGGCCGCGCCCAAGACCCCGGCAGAACCAUAUCGCUGACGCUGCUCGAAAACUACGACUACUGGGUGAUCCUGGAACCAGGACGACAGAGGCUCUACCUCAACAGCACCGGGCGCAUUCUGGACAGAGACCCACCCAACUCCAUCACCACCAUCGUGGUGCAGAUCCAGUGCACCAAUGAGCUGGUUGGUACCAUCAUUUUCCACGAGGUGCGGAUCGUUGUGAGGGACAUGAACGACAACACCCCUCGCUUCCAGCAGCCGCGCUACUAUGUCGCCAUCAACGAGCUCACACCAGUUGGAACGACCAUUUUCACCGGCUUCGCGGGGAAUAAUGGAGCUACGGAUAUUGACGACGGGCCCAAUGGACACAUCGAAUACGGCAUUCUUUACAACCCCAAUGACCCGGCAUCGAACAGAACAGCGAGUGUCGUUCAGACCCUUUCAGGACACAUUAUUCUGGCAGAGAGGCUAAACUAUGAGGAGAGAACUCGCUACCUGGUUUUGGUCCAAGCCAAUGACCGCGCUCCAUACCCCCCCAACAGGCAAACUGCCACCACGACUCUGACCGUGGAUGUUCUGGACGGAGACGACCUGGGCCCCAUGUUCCUGCCUUGCGUUUUGGUGAACAACACCCAGGACUGCAACCCCCUGACCUACCGUGUUGCUAUCCCUGAAUUCACUGAACCGAGCAAGCUGAACCCACUGAAUGUGACCCCUGCAAUCCAGGCCGUGGACAUGGACAGAAACAUACAACCUCCAUCAGACAGACCCAGAAUAAUUUACUACAUCUUGCUUGGUCAUCCCGUCGCAUAUCAAGAGUAUUUCUCGCUAAAUAGAACCACUGCAGAGCUGCAUGUCCUGCAGCCUGUCAGCAGGGAUUCGUAUCAACGGUUCACUCUCAUCAUCAAGGCCGAACAGGACAACGGUCACCCCCUCCCAGCCUAUGCCGACCUCAUUGUCGAAAUCCUGGAUGAGAACAACCAGGCUCCAUAUUUCCAUUUUGCCACCUAUCUGGGAUACGUGAGCGAGUCCUCCCCAGUGGGUACGACUAUCUCAGCCAGUGCCAACCUCACCGCCCCACUGGGAAUCAUCGCUCUGGAUAAUGACAUUGAGGAGACGAAAGACCCCAUGUUGAAGAUUACCCUGGAUGAUUACGCUACGAUCUUCAGGCUGACCCCGACGGGGAUAAUCCGCCACCUGAGGCUCAUCAAACCCGUGGACCGGGAGAAGCAGAUGUCGUAUACCUUCACGAUGGUGGUGUCAGAUGGUGUCCAGCAGAGCGUCCCAGCAACUGUCAACAUCCUGGUCAUCGAUGCCAAUGACAACACGCCAACGUUCGCCGAGGUCUCCUACAGCGUGGAGGUGUUCACCGACAUGCAGCCGGGGGAAACGGUGCUACAGUUAACAGCAACAGAUGCUGAUGAGGGUCUGAACGGUCAGGUGACCUAUGAUAUACUGGCUGGUGACCAGGGGCAUUUCGUCAUUAGCAAUCGGACCGGACGCAUCACUGUGGCGCCCGGUGUCGCUCUCACAGUGGGCCGGUCUUACGCGCUCACUGUCAGGGCCUCUGACAACGCACCGGAGACCCAGAGGAGGAGCUCCAUCACUACAGUGUACAUUGAGGUUUUGCCUCCCAACAACCAGAGCCCCCCACGCUUCCCUCUGCGCGUCUACAACCUGGAAGUCAGCGAGGCCAUGAGGAUAGGAGCUAUUUUGGUGAAUCUGCAGGCUACAGACAGAGAAAACGACCCGAUCACGUACCGCAUAUUGAGUGGGGAUUCCCAGAAGGUCUUUAACCUCUCUGAAACGAUUGGCCUGUUGCUUCUGAAAGAGCUUCUGGACAGAGAGACCACAGAUCAGUACCGUCUGAUCGUCACCGCCUCCGAUGGGAACCCUGGAGGGACAUCCACAGCUACUGUGAACAUAGUCGUCACUGACGUCAACGAUAAUGACCCCGAGUUUGACCUGUCCAUACCCACUAAUUUUACAGUGGAAGAAGAAAGCGCCAAUUUGUUUGUUGGACAAGUCGUGGCCACGGAUCCAGAUGCAGGGGUUAAUGGCGAGAUGCACUACCGAAUCGUGACUCCAGCAGACUUGUUUCUAAUCGUCGCUAACGGCAGCAUCUACACUCGAGUGCCUCUGGACCGAGAGCUCCGGAGCCAAUACGACCUGGUGGUCGAGGCCUCGGAUGGGGCAGUGGAUCCACGGAGGACCGCCUUGACCCUCUCAAUCCAGGUCACGGAUAUCGAUGACAACAGCCCAGUCUUCUCGCAGCAAACGUAUGUGGUCAACGUGCCUGAGAACAGCCCAGUGGGAACUGUGGUCCUACAGCUAAACGCGGUUGACUCGGACCUCUUCUCCAAUGUCACGUAUCGGAUCAAGGCCGAGUCGGCCAGGCUGCUGUUCUCCCUGAACCCCGUCACUGGGGUGUUAUCCAUGCUGCAGACCCUGGACUUCGAGGACCUGGCCGCGAUGGGCACGGGGACCUCUUUCACUUUCCAGGUGGAGGCUGUCGAUCAAGGAGGGGUCGUGCCCCCAGGGCAGGCUACCGUCACGGUCCACAUCACGGACAUGAAUGACUUCUCCCCCGUCUUCACCCAAGAUCUCUAUAAGGGCUUGGUGGCGCCCAAUGCAGAGAAAGGAACUGUCAUCACAACUGUUUUUGCUGAGGACCAAGACCCACCAGGUACUCCGGCCAGUUUUGUCCGCUACACAGUGGACCUGGACCGGUCACCGUACAGCGGGAGCAUCUUUGAUGUGGAAGAGCAGACUGGAAGAGUCAUCACUAAGGUCAACCUCAACGAAGAGCCCAGUGUCACCUUUAAGUUGUUUGUGAUAGCCUAUGAUGAUGGGGAGCCUGUGAAGUCUAACAGCUCUUUGGUGGAGAUCACUGUUCUUCAGCCUUCCCGCAUCCCAAUCUUCACCCAGGAGGAGUACAGGUUUCCCGUGGUUAGUGAGCUGGCUCCAAUUGGCACACUGGUGGGGACUAUUCUAGCUGCUGCUGUCAAUCAAACCAUAUUCUACUCCAUUGUGUCAGGAAACAAACGAGGUCAUUUUCGGGUGAACAACAAGACCGGCGUCAUCUCCACAGCUAAACCUUUGGAUUAUGAAAAUGUGACCAGCUACCUCCUCCGGGUCCAGGCAGACUCUAUGCUGGUUGUCAUGUCCAACCUGCGGGUGCCUUCUAAAACCAACACAGCCAAGGUGUUCAUUGAGGUGCGGGAUGAGAACGACCACCCUCCCGUCUUCUCCAGGAGGCUCUACAUCGGCGGCGUGACGGAGGACAGCAAGAUCUUCAGCUCUGUGCUCAAGAUAGUGGCCACUGAUAAGGACACUGGGAAUUACAGUGAGAUGGCAUACCGCCUGAUCAUCCCACCGGCACCGGAGGGCCAGGACAGCUUUGUCAUCGAGACGUAUACAGGUGUCAUCAAGUCGGCCAUCAAGUUUCGAAAUAUGCGCCGGUCCUACUUCAAGUUUGAAGUGAUUGCCACGGACGACUAUGGAAAAGGUCUCAGCAGCAGUGCUGAAGUGGUGGUUUCCGUGGUCAACGCGUUGGACAUGCAAGUUGUUGUGUCCACUGUCCCGCCUGCUUUAGUGGAAAAGCAUAGAGAGGAGCUCAUUCGCAUUUUGGAGCGCCACAUCCAGGACCAGAUUCCAGGUGCCAAAGUGAUUGUUGAGUCAAUCGGGCCACGUCGCCAUGGCGAUGGCUUUGAACUUGAGGACUACAGUAAGUCGGACCUGAUGGUGUAUGCCAUUGACCCGCUCACCAACAGGGCCAUUUCACCCAAGGAACUUUUCAAAUUUCUUGACGGGAAUGUGCUGGAAAUCAACAAGGAGUUCCAGCCGUAUCUGGGUGAGGGCGGCCGUAUUCUGGAGAUCCGCUCCCCGGACAUCGUGGCCAGCGUGAAGAAGGCGGCCCAAGCCGUGGGCUACACAGAGGGAGCUCUCCUGGCCCUGGCCAUCAUCAUCAUCCUGUGCUGCAUCCCUGCCAUCCUCAUCGUCAUGGUCACCUACAAACAGUUCAAAGAGCGACAGGCAGAGUGUUCCAAAACUGCCAGGAUUCAGAUGGCUCUACCACCAGGAGGGAAAGCAGCUCCGGCGGGGGCUCCCAGUGCCAACCUGUACGAGGAGCUGGGCGACAGCAGCAUACCAGGCUACGGCAGGCAGCAGCAGCAACUGCUGAGGCCAUCUCUUCUGAGAGCUGAGGAACUCUCCAUGGAGUCAGGUAUCGACCCAGGCCAGGAUAACAACACACAAGACUACUAUAAUUACGACCAAGGGUAUGACAUUCCUCAGUAUGGCAGUCGGAGGAGGCUGAUACCUCCCAUGUACGAUGAAUAUGGAGAGUUGAUCAUGGAAGAUGAUGGGUCUUUCUACAGUCCUCACGGCCCUGAGCCUGGGAUGAAGAAGCGUAUUAAUCUGGCGGUAGAUCGGAAGGAUGAGACCAGCUCCACAGGAGAAGAGGGCACCACAGAGACUCAGCGAAACCGACUCCCCAACAGCCACAGCAACAUCAACGGGAACGUCUACCUCGCGCAAAACGGCACUAUCGUCCGAACUUGGCGGCCACCCCACCCAAGCAACUUGAAGGUGGGCUCUCCGUGCCGGCUCGGUAAGCAUUUUAAAAAACUAGACAAGUUGGGGGUGACUCACGAAGAACCCCCAACCAUUCCCGGUAUGGAUGGCACAGGGAACGACACAGAAAACGGAGCAGGCACAUGUGUUCCAUGUGUUCCAUGUGUUCCCUCUCACGUGGACGUCAACCUCAACAGUCGGCAGUCGUGCGGCUCCCUCGGAUCCACCGUCACGGAUCUUAAAAGUUUUGGAUCCAAAACCAAUAUUGCCACGGUCUUGAUUGACAGAAACAGCAGUGGCCCUCGUUUCUACGAGGAGCAAGAGACUUCUGUUGACAACCACAAGGCGAGUCGGGAGACACUGGCGUCUCACAGUGACCACACGUUAUCAGACGAGGAGGAGUUAUGGAUGGGACCGUGGAACAGCCUUCACAUACCAAUGACAAAGCUCUGACUUACCAUGCAGAAAAUACAUCCCCUGUUUGUUAUUUUCCUAUCUUUACCAUGUUGUUUUUGUGAAGAAAAGUAUCAGAGAAAAAUGGUGUGCCUCAACUAUAUAAGCGCCGAUCCCUGUCUAUGAAAGGCGAUUGCACUUAAAGUCAAAUCAAUUUUAUUUAACCAUAAUACAUUAAAGCUUUCUUCGUACCAAGUGGUUAUCAAAGAUAGGGCUAUUACAGAACGGAACAUUGAGCUGCAAGGCAAUGAGUGCCCCAAAGAAAUAUUACAUUUUCUGAACCGUUAACUGUAAUUUUAAGUCUUUAUUCGAGACAGAAGAUGGGCCUCUUUUAUUGGGUGAUUCCAUGGUUAACUUUUUUUUCUCAGUUUCAUUAUUUUUAUUUUUCAUCAAAUAAAUCACAAAUAGAU